UGUUCAACGAGUAAUAUAUAUAAAAUGGAUAAAGAUUUAGUCUCGAAGUCAGUGUUCACAGAAGUUGGUGUAGAUGACUUCAUUGUAAGACUAGAAAAAGCAGCAGCCAUAUUCUUGGAACUGCUACAAGAAAGUCAGUAUUUCCAUACACCCCUCUCUUCAAUCUCUCUUGUCUGCAAAGUUAUCAAAUUUAUUCAUGCAGACAAUAAUCUCAAGGAGUUUUGGCUAAAACAGGAAUAUUUUGGAAUAAAUCCUACACAAGAUGAUAAACAGAGCAAAACAGGAUCAGAACUGUCAACAAAUACUGCUUCAGAGAAAAGCGCCACUGAAAAUUAUACAAAUAAUAAUAAUUUACCACAAAACAUAGGUGCGUUUGUCCGAACAACAAGAAGUAGUAAGUCAAGAAAUAUAAAUGCUUCAAUUAGUGAAAACAGUUCACAUUCAUUUGACUCUAAUUAUAAAAAUGAUGGUCCUAAAACUCCAAAUGUUUAUAAUCAGUGUGUUGCUCAGGUGGAAGAAAACACAUCUAAUCAAGUCAUAGAUUUCCAGUGCACAUACUGUAAUAAGAGAUUCAUAGAUCGCAGGAACCUCAAAUCUCAUUUAUGGCUCCAUGAGAGAGAGAAAAGCUUUAAGUGUGACCAGUGCAAUAAAAUGUUCCUACGCCCUCAUCAGUUGACACGUCACAAACGAGUCCAUACAGGAGAGAAGCCGUAUCCAUGUGCAAUUUGUGGGAAACAUUUUACAGAUGUGUCUAAUCUAAACAGACACAAGCGACGGGAACAUCCGAACGAUGCCAGUUAUCUCAGGUGUGAGGAGUGUGGUAAGGUGAGACGUACUUGAAGUUUAUAUCAUAAGGGCAAGUUAAUACCACAUCUUGUAGUGUCUUUUAUUGCUUUGGCAGUAAAGACAACUUUCCUGGAAUACAUUUUUGAGUAAUAGGUGAUUUUUAGCAUAUGAUGAUACAUUAACAGGUUUCUUUCUCAAUACUUUUAAUGGUCAGUAACCACUGAUUAAGUUAAUUGUUAUGUCUUCAUCAUUUGCCAAAACAUUUAAAUUUGUAUUUGUUACCAAAAUUGAAGCUUGAAAUAUAUUUUUUUCUUUACACAAAUUGUUUGUAUCUAUCUCAUUAAUCUAAUUAAAAGCUUUAUCACAGUCCAAGACUUUUAUGAUGAAGUUAAGUGGUUUAAUAGAGAUGUAUUUAAACUUCUUUGAAUGUUUAUCAAAAUAUAUUUAAAAAAUGGAAAUCACCAAAUGAAAAACAUUUUAACUCAAAAGUUUUAAUCAAUUACAUAAACAAAUUUGAUUAAUUAUCGACUUAAUAAUUUUGUCUCUUUAUUUUAAUACACCCUCUAGGAAUCAGAAUCGAAAUCUGACCUGCAGCUUCAUCUCAAAGAACACAGAAAAGAAGUCACAGCAUUUAAUGAGGAAAAUGACAGUUCCUUGAUUAAUGAGAGAAUGGGACAGGAAAGAACUGCGAAGAACAUGCAGAAUUUUGGUAGAAAAAGUCCAACAAAAAAGCAAAGAGACAAAGAGGCAUACUUGUGCCAGAUUUGUGGAAAAGUAUGAGUCAAACAAUUACUGUACAGGAAUUCAUUACCUUUACUGACUGAUCAAAACCCUCAAAUUAUUUUUUCAUUCACUUAAAUCAAACACUUAAUCCUGAAACCAAUUUCACUAUAUAAAUACACAUUUAAAAUGCUUCAGAACUGAAGAAAAUAAGAACAUUAAUAAAACUUCAAUGUUUUCAAGGCUGAUUUGUAGAAAUUGCAAUGGUAUAUAUUUAUGUUUCUUACAAUACGGCUUGAGUAUAAUUUGCCUGCUUCUCUUUUUUCAGGCUUUAAAUAAGCGUGCUGCCCUUUUGGCCCAUAUGAAACGACACAUCAGUAAGAAAGACUUUCGAUGUGAGUUUUGUAACAAGGUAUACACAGAGCUACAAGAGUUGAAGGUUCACCGCCAGGAGCACACAGGCGAACGACCUUUCAAGUGCAACCAGUGUGGCAAAGGAUUUAAAUCCAGAGGGACGCUGCGAUCUCACCUGGCAGUUCAUUCUGGUAAAAAAUAAAUGUGUCCAAAAAGUAUAACCUAUCUUCCUUUACGGGCCAAGUUGAGCAGAGGAGUCUCGGCGUUAUAUGGCACAGAAAGUUUGUGCGAGUUGUUCGCGUUAAUAGAUGAUCAGUUUUCAUUAUGAUGUACCAUGCCACAGGGGCAUGUGCUGUCAAGGAUCUCUCUACAUUUUGUACCAGGCCACAGGGGCAUGUGCUGUCAUGGGUCCCUCUACAUUUUGCUCUAUCUGUCAUUGCCCUCUAAAUUCAUCAUUGACAUUCUCAUCCCCUCUGGUCCUUGUAUUUUAAUCUCUCCACUAUUUUUUAUAGUGGCACAAUAGAACAGUGGAUUGCAAAUUUGCUGUGUUCCUGAAUGGGGCAGGAAAUUUACUUUCAUAUUACAAAACAUAAAGUUUUAUACCAAAAUGAGCAGAUACUUUCAAAGAAAAUCUUGUUGUAGAGCCCUCAUGUGAAAUAUAUACAGACAGUUGCUUGCUGAGUUAAAAAUGUCAUGUUUCAUUGUUUGUUGAUGUAGAGCUGUCAAUAGGAUACACAUAGUUGUUCGUUGAUGUUUCACUUUCAUAGGAUACACAUAGUUGUUCGCUGAUGUAUCACUUUCAUAAGAUACACAUAGUUGUUUGUUGAUGUAGAGCUCUCAAAUAUAUAGUUGUUUGUUGAUAAAAAGCUCUAAUGGGGAAAUAUAAAGAUCAUUGUUAAAUUUGAUUGCAGGUGAACAGCCCUACAGUUGUGAUGUGUGCGGGAAAUGUUUCUCUCAAACUUCAGGUCUGAACCUUCAUAAACUGAAGCACACAGCAGAGGAGGAGAGGACACAUGGUUCACUUGACACAAGCCAAUACAACUGUGAUAUAUGUGGGCGGGUAGGUUGCUGUACAACCAUCAACACUAAAGCCAUUGGAAAAAAUAAAAUAAUUGUCAUUUGAAAUUUAUAAAAUCAUCUCCUUCAUACUGUAUUCUGAAAUAUAUGGACCUUGCAAUGAGUAUUUUUCAUUCCCUAUAUUCCGGGCAGGAUUUUAAAAAGUCAGUCUCAUUGUUAACUUAUACAGGUAAUAAGAUGCCAGAUUGUCAUUUCUUGUUAGUGCAACUUACAAUAUUCUUGGAUCAUUUAUCAGUAUAGUUAUAAGUCAGAUGAAAAUUUUACUGGACUGGAAAGUUUUAAAGAAUUUUGUUAAUUGCAGUGCUACAAGACAAAGUUCCGUCUGCAGCUCCACAUUAAAUCCCAUGACAGCUCACGUGAUGUGUCCUGUGAUUUUUGUGACAAGAAGUUCCAGUCCGCCCAGGAUCUUGGCAUUCACCGCCGCUCUCAUACCAAGGACAAGUACUCCUGCAGGGUUUGCGGAGCCAGCUUCAAGUCUAGAAGUGUCUACUACUUCCAUACCAGGACCCACAAAAGUAAAGUGUGAAAAAAAAUAUCAGACUUUUUCAGUUCUGACAUGAAAAAAAAUCUCUGCACCUGUGGUUCCAACACCCCAUCUUGACCAAUACAAUAUUCUUGGGUUACUCCAUAUUUCAUAAGGCUGUAUACAAUAUUCUUGGGUUGCUCCAUAUUUCAUAAGGCUGUAUACAAUAUUCUUGGGUUACUCCAUAUUUCAUAAGGCUGUACAAUAUUCUUGGGUUACUCCAUAUUUCAUAAGGCUGUAUACAAUAUUUUUGGGUUACUCCAUAUUUCAUAAGGCUGUAUACAAUAUUCUUGGGUUACUCCAUAUUUCAUAAGGCUGUAUACAAUAUUCUUGGGUUACUCCAUAUUUCAUAAGGCUGUAUACAAUAUUCUUGGGUUACUCCAUAUUUCAUAAAGCUGUAUACAAUAUUCUUGGGUUACUCCAUAUUUCAUAAGGCUGUACACAAUAUUCUUGGGUUACUCCAUAUUUCAUAAGGCUGUUUUAAGCCUAUCCUUUAAAUUAAAAUUGUCAUUUGUUAAAGACAAGAAAAAAUGUCAAGGAUACUAAUUACUGUUAAAAUUGCCUGUUUUUUUUUGUUUUUUUUUUGAGAACAAGAACUCUUUGUUUACCUCUACACUAAAUGAUUCUAUUUUCUUAUGACUUCUGUCAGUUGAAAGACCUCACAUGUGUACCUCUUGUGGGAAGUGUUUUGUCAGUGCCACUGACCUGAACACACACAAGCGCAGACACAAGGCCAAUCACGAUGACAAGUAUCAAAGUGACCACAGCUUUAUUUGUAAACUCUGCGGUAGAGUAAGUGACAACUAUAUUUUGUAAACUCUGCGGUAGAGUAAGUGACAACUAUAUUUUGUAAACUCUGAAGGACAAUCUCAGUCUAACCAGUAACACAUUUUUGUCCUGGAAUCUAAUUCUUUAUAAUAUUUAAGUGUGACAGAAUCUAAAUGUGGUCAAUUACCCAUUAAACCCAUUUUGAGCAAUUUUAAGAGAUGAAAUCAUGAAUAUCCAACUUAAUUUUUCUGAGACCCAUUCAAAAUGUGAUACCAACUAGGACUUGCAUGCUCCUACUGUAGGUCUAUGGGCUGUAAAUAGCAUUAAAGAUACAACAUAGGCAGAAUCUCACAUUGCUAAACUUUAUGCAAAUGACCUAAUCAGAAUCAAGCAUUAAGUUUUCUUGGCAACACAAAAAUCAGAAUAUAAGUUUUCACUUUCAAUUAAUCUGCUUCAUUUAAUUAGUGUAAAAUUAACUUAAAAACACAACCAAUAAAGUUCAGCUGUCAUUCAAAAAUCAUCCUAUAAACCCAAUUGCUCCAAGAUAACGGUAAUAAUUGAACUUAAAUUAUUAUUAUCAUUUUUUUUUUAUUUUUUUUUUUUUUACAGAUUUACAAGAUGAAAAACAGUUUGAUCAUCCACAUGAAAAUACACCAAGGCAUCUUCGACCACCCGUGUGAUUUCUGUGAGAAGAAGUUCAAGUCCCACGCAGAGCUCAGGCACCACAGGCGCACACACACACUAGAGAAGCCAUACAUGUGUGAGACAUGCAACCGAAGUUUCUCAAGACACAGCACAUUGGUGAACCACAGGAGGACACAUUCAGGUGCGUAAAAUGGUUACCGGAAUUUAAUCAAAAGUUAUUUCGUCGAUUGUUAAUCGAUCAAUGGAAAUUUGAUCAAAUGAAAAUUUGGUUGAAUCUUUCUUUCAGUUCAUGCGUUAAAAUUUUUGCCAAUUUUCUUUUUUAAAGCACUAUACUAUAUAGUAAAACCAAAAAAUGCGUUCAAAAAGAAAUUUGAAGCGAAAUUUUAACGUAAAAACUGAAGAAAAAAAAAGACUAUCAAAUUUCCGUUCGAUCAAUUUAAUGCCGAUGAAAUUUCUUUCGAUCAAAUUUCCAGAUACGGCGUCAAAUGGAACGCGAUAGAUUUUUGGUCCAGCUGUCUUAGCCAAAAGUUUGACAAUUAUUAAUCUUGAUGGGUACAAAUGAUACUGGUAGUGAAAAUUGAUUUUUAAGGUUGUGGUUUUCCAGGUUUUCAGGUUAAGAUUGUUCAUAUUGCCAUGCUUAAUAUUUGAAUAUGUUGGGAAAAGAUUCCUUUUAAUGUAGUCUCAACAUUUGGGUGUCAUACCUGAGAAAUAUUGUUAAAAAAUAAGAAUGGCAUCUAGUCAUAUGCAGUUCUGAUUUAUUCUUGUCCCAAACCCAAACAGGUGAACGGCCGUAUCUGUGCAUGUCAUGCGGGGCAGCUUUCAAACUGUCUUGUACCCUCAAGAAACAUGCUAAGAUUCAUGCGAGGGAGGCAGUGAGUGGAAAGGGGAGACCUGAACCUGGUUGGUAUCUACCCAGAAUUUUCACAGUGUUUGAAUGAAUUUAUUUAUAAUCUCUUUCAACUUGUCAAACUGCCUGGUGGGAGAUUCUCUCUGAUUGACAAUGGGCUUUAGUCAAAUAACUUUAUGACAAUGGGCUUUAGUCAAAUAAAUUUAAUAAGCAAUCUGUAACAAUAAUCCAUCAAAACUAUUCCCAAGACAUUCAUGAAGAACUCCACAUUGACACUUUAAACAAGAAAAGUUCCUCAUUUCUUUCCAUAAUUCCAAAGAUAAACCGUUUCACUGAUUUAAAUUUAAUUUAUUAAUUUUAAAUUUAACAAUUAUUCUUUUGCAACAAGAAAUCUGUUACUGAAAUUAAAAUGGGAAAACAAUUUCUAAUCUCUCUUAGGAAGAACCAGGGGCCCACGAAAGACAACAGCGAAGACCGUUACUUUGGAAACUCUGACAACAUUAGAGCAGCAGCCACAACAUCAGCUGGCGGACGAAAAACCACAAGAUCACCAUCACCAAGAACAACGACUGAUUUCUCUCCAUCCUACCUACCAACACACGGCCAUCGUUUUACCCCAGGUCCUUCCUAAACCACCACCCAUCGUCCUGGAACUUCGGGAACCAACCCACUUCAUUCAGGAACUCAAACCCAUGGUUGCAAACAUCGUGCACCAGGAAGACAAUCCCAACUACAUUCAGGAUGGAACGGUGGGUCACAUACUGGACACAAGGAACACUGGACAGCAGACUUUGCUGCCUCAGUCCAUAAGAGUGCUGGCGCCAGAGGAAAUGGAAGACAGGGAGCCCAGAGGCCACAUGACUGAUCUGAGAAAUUCCAUUUCCAACCCUGUUCAGAUUAACUCUGGCAACAACACCUUCACUGCAUAUUAUUACUACUAACUCUUGUUAAUCAUUAGUUAGAAAUAGAUAGAGCUGGCCGCCAUUGUUUAUGGUUCAAGGGGAUGGCAUUUAUGUUUAUGAAUAGCAUCUACAUCAGUAUCUAUGGACUUAACUAAUAACUACAGAGGACAAAAUUGAACUUAUAGAAAGAAAUGCAUUGCAACUUAAAACAUGGUAUGGCCGGAUCAGUGAUAGGGUGUGGUGGUAAGAUGACAUAUAGGCCUGUUGGGGUGUGGUGGUGGAUGCAAGUAGACCUAUGGACUGUAAUGUGGGGGUGUGGUGGUCAGAUGACAGGUUGACGAUGACAAGUAGACCUAUGGACUGUAAUGUGGGGGUGUGGUGGUCAGAUGACAGGUUGACGAUGACAAGUAGACCUAUGGACUGUAAAGUGUGAAUACAAUUUAUGCUAUUAGAACUAAUGGUAAUCCACAAAAUAUUUAUAAAAAAUUUUUUUUUUUAAAUUUCUUGCUUACGGAUACCAAAAUAAUAUACAUAUCUGACUUUGUGUAGAAAACUUACGGAUGCUCCAUCCAUGAAUGGUUACGAAGUACAGUAGCACACUCGGUUAUGUCGAUGGCCUCGGGGUUUGCCAAAGCAAUAUAUUAACAUGUGCUUGAAAUUUCUUUAUGUACAUGAUGUGCGUUAAUAAAUGCAGGUACUUCAGUAAAAAAAAAAAAAUAUAAUAAUUUUUUUAAUAUUACAGUUAUUUAGAGCAAAUUUCAAAUUUUUACAGAAUCAACUUUUUAACUUUAGUACUUUUUGAGCUACGAAUUUUUAAAGUGCGAGUUUGUUUGUAUUUCUACUAUGAACGAAGCCUCCACAUUUUGUGACCCCAUUCUGCUGAUCGUGUCUUGCGCAAUGACUAUAUAGUUUAUAUAAGGCAAUGCAUCCUUAUUACUAAAUUACUAUUUAGGGAAUACUUAUUUUGAACUUUCAACUUUGGCACAUGACUAUUUAAUUAAAGCUUUUCCUUAAAGCUUUUCCUGACCAAUGGUUUAAUAGCUUUCGCACACGGCAAACUCUUAUGAAUGAAACUCUGACGUGGUACCAUGACAAUGUUUUGCACAUAGCAAACUAUGAUCAUUUAUAAUAUGGACUCUCCUGGGUUUUUAAACUUCAAAUUGAAACAUAUUUAAAUGUUAUGCAUUUGCUAUAUUUAUUUAAAGAAUAUUUGUUAUUUGCACCUCAGAAUUGUGAUAUUAUUUUUUAAGUAUGGAUGAUAAGACCAUUGAUGAAACUGGCUAAAAUAAAUAGUUGACCUUUGAAUGAUAACAAG